GAUGCCACGUCAUCUGAUGUCACUGCCGCACCUGCGCAGCCAUCUUGUUCUUCGAGCGAGGGGCAGAUCGGAAGGAAGAAAAGCAGAACAAAAUAUCAGUGUUUUGCGUUAUAUGGUCAGUAAUGUCCGUCAAGUGAGUGAAUCCAACGAGAAGACAGCGCUGAGGUGUGAUCGGAAGGGGUUACGUAAACCAGAGAACGCAGCGAAAACCAGAGAAAGUCAUCCUCUUCAUCAUUUGACUCUGCUCGCAGAGAAAAGAAUCAGAUCGCCUGCUGAACCCAACGACUACGACACAAACACAACAUGAAUCCAGAAUAUGACUACCUUUUCAAACUGCUCCUCAUCGGUGACUCUGGAGUCGGGAAGUCGUGUCUGCUGUUGAGAUUUGCUGAUGACACAUACACUGAGAGCUACAUCAGCACCAUAGGCGUGGACUUCAAGAUCCGCACCAUUGAACUUGAUGGCAAAACCAUUAAGCUACAGAUUUGGGACACUGCGGGGCAAGAAAGGUUUCGAACCAUCACCUCGAGUUACUAUCGAGGGGCUCACGGUAUCAUUGUGGUCUAUGAUGUCACAGAUCAGGAAUCAUAUAACAAUGUGAAACAGUGGCUACAGGAGAUAGACCGCUAUGCAAGCGAGAACGUCAACAAGCUGCUAGUGGGGAACAAAUGUGACCUCACCACCAAGAAAGUAGUGGACUACACAACAGCCAAGGAAUUUGCUGACUCUUUAGCAAUCCCCUUCCUUGAGACGAGUGCUAAGAAUGCCACGAAUGUGGAGCAGGCCUUCAUGACAAUGGCUGCUGAGAUCAAGAAGCGCAUGGGGCCUGGAGCGACAACCGGAGGAGACAAGCCCAACCUGAAGAUCGAGAGCACUCCUGUGCGGCAGUCUGGCGGCGGCUGCUGUUGAAGAGCCCGAGCGUACACACAUACACAACCAUCCCUUUCCCUGUCAAACCAAUUUUCUCACACACACCAAAAAAAAAAAAAGCAUUGUCAUGGGAGGAACCACUGCAUUCAGAGCCAACGUCUAACAGCCUUAUGGCUUCAUUUAUGACAACAUAGUCUUCUUGUUUUUAUUCUCCUUAUCCAUUCCUUUUGUGUAAGACACCUCAACCCUUUUUCCUCCCUGUGCACAUUAAUAACCCUGCCCAUAUCCAUGUCUCCACCCUCUGUGCUUAAAGUCCAGGAUGGAGCUUUGGUACAGUCAUAUGUCCAUGAAUGGAAAUAAAUGAGAGCAGAUCUAGGGGCGAUUCUCAAAUCCUCCUUUUAAACAACUAGCGAGGUUGUGUUAAGAACGUUAACCUAUCUCUGUAGAUUUUCUAAUUCUCUCACAAGUCAGCACUUGAAUGAGGUUUUGUUGGCGAAAGCAUGGCUUCUGAGGCGGAAUCGACAGGAAGUCAACUGCAUACAAGUCGGCAAUAUUCUAUAUUUGUUCUCAUCCUAUUAGUAUAUUAUUGUUAUGGUGAAUUUUAAGACUGAUUUUUACAUCUGUCAUCGAUGUAGUCAGGUUGGGGAAGGGAUGGAUACAGAUGUUUUUUUUGUUUAAAAUCUGAAUUUGGGGGGUCUAGGCUGGUCGAUGAAAGCUACUGUUCCCUCUGUUACCUCAGUGACCUCUGCUACUUUUGAGUGUUUGGCUAUCGCAGGUUCAUAAUGAAUGCAAGAACACCGUCUUGACAUGUUGAGGUUGUUUCUUAAUGUAGUCAACAGUUUUGUGGCUUUGGUUUGAAACCUCAGAUCUAUAAUUUGGUGUCGUUUUCCCAUUCUUAUUGAGUCGCUGCUACCAAAACCAGUCCAUCAUGCAUUGUGUGUGCUUUGUAUUUAUUUGCAUACGGUAAAUAUAUUUGCAUAUUUCUGAAGGACCUUAAUUGCGCCACCAAUGAAUGCGUGGUAGUUCCAUGGAUCUGGUUUUUGUGUAUUGCAUCUAGAAAUAUUGGGAUUGACUGGUCCAGUGCCGAAGACCGGAUAUGACCUCCCAUGUUCUUUAAUGAAACCUAUUCGUACACUUCGAUUCUAGUUUUCAAAUCUACCUACAGAUAGAUCUUUAAAGGUCUAGAAGCUCAUUCAGAUGUCGCCAUCGGUGUUCAAACAGGUUUAUAUGGAUCCUGCAAUCUUGUCCACAUAGUUACAACUCAGUCUUAUCAGCAUUUUCAAACAAAAACGGCAAAUGAUUGGUCUGAUGACAGUGUUUUUUGACCUGGCUGUUUUAUUAUGUACAAUGUGGAUCUAGAAACUGUAGAUAGAGUUUGUGAACUUCACUAGUAUUAGUGCGUCACUUGGUCUUAACUAGUCUUCCCAUUGUGAUAUUAUAUCAUUGUCUCUCACCGAGCCAGCGUAAUCUAGUUUUUACACCACUAACAUGCAAUGCUAAGUAACCACACGUUCUUGUUAAUAUUGUGUGCUGGUUUUGCUUGUACUAUUUUGUAAGUGAACUGGUAACGUGGGGUUGGAGGGAGCAGUAGCAGGGAUAUGGGUGCGUGUGCAAUGGCUGGGAAGGAAGAAUGGGCAAGGGGCAACUGCGUUUGGGAACAUUCCUUUGAUUUUAAAACAGGUCCGUGUCGUGGAUCCCACGUUAACGUCUGUGUGGAAAUAAAUAGUCUCAUUUAAAGCCUGCACUCAUGCACACACUAAACAAGUGCUUUUUUGGGAUGCGUUCGGAAGGGUCACUGGUCACUUCUCGGGACGCCUGCUGUCUUUUGAUCUAUGAAUUUAGUAUUUGGUAAUGUGUGGGGAUCGCAGAAAGAUGAAGGGUAUGGGGUGGGGGGUGAUUACUUAUGAAUGUGAUGGAGCGUUCUUAUGCUUUUUGUCUUUUUACUUGUUACCCAUGUCAUUUGCACAUCUAAUUUUUUUGAAUUAAGACACGGCGAUGGUAAAAUGGCAAGCACCUCUUUAGCAGCUUCCUUCUCUAAUAUACACGCUGUUUCUCUAUCGCCCUUUGCUUGCUCACCCCGGUGCUGUUUCAUAGCUGGGAUUGAUCUCGUUUUCUCUUUUCUGUACAUAUUAUAAAUAUAUAUAAUAAAAUGAUCAACAUGAGACUUAAA